CGCAGUGUGAUGUACAAAUGAGGUAUAUUUUUUAGUGUAAAUGUAGCAUGCUCUUGGGGAAAUUCAACCUGAUCCCUCCCCUCCUCUGCGGAACGAACCACACAACCCAAAAAAAAACCAACAUCCCUUCCCCCUCCCCUUCUCUGCCGAACGAACCACACAACCCAAAAAAAAAUCAACCUUAUCCUUCCCCUCCUCUGCCGAACCAACCACAGAACCCAAAAAAAAAAAACUGUGCAAUUCCAGCUAAGGCUUGGGUGGGAGAGAGACGCGGCCAGCCCGACGAGAGACGCCGGCGAGAAGAAGGAAUCAGAGUCAGCUACUCCGUUUUGUAUGGAGCCAUGGAGGGUCGUGUCAUUGGUUUUGCGGUUUUUAGUUUCUUGUAUCGUAGUAUGUGUCGUGCUAGCAUGACACAUGUAGCACAGAUUUGAAGGUGUCGUGUCCUGUUACAGCUUUGGACAUGGGAACAUCUGCCUAUGACUAGACCUAGGGGCAUUGUACCAUUGGAGCAGCUGGUUAAUGUCCCAUGUGCAGUCAGAUGGGUGUGUUACCAUCGGUGGUCAGAUUGUACGACACACUCCUUACGAGCAUACAUGGACCAGUUAGACAGGUUGCUCGAGGGAGAGUUUGUUUGGAUGCCGUAUCCGAAUCUCGAUACCCUACCAACCUUUUGUUCAGCUGGACUCCGAAUAUGGAUAUCACGCAUCCCUUUGAUCUAUGGUUAUGUUGUCGAGAUGUACUAUCCGGAUCGGAUUUACAGACAGUUUGGUGCCCGCCAACGCGUUCCUCUCGAUGUUGUGUAUGAUCGACACCUACAUAAUAUUAAGUCAAACACUAUAGAGCUUGCUGAUAGUGAGAGACAUUAUUUAGAUGUAUGGGAGGGACGUUACGCUGCACAUGUACCGAUAGAAUUUGGGAUGCUGGAUGCCAGAGUAUCGUCAGUGGUAUUACCUCCGCGAUCGAAAACUGAUAGGAAACCCCUCACAUCAGCAUGGAACAAGCUACGUCCUCAAAAAUCAAGAAGCUUACAACUGGCUUAAUGCCAUUCCAACACACAUGUGGGCGUUGUCACAUGAUGAAGGUGGCGCACGUUAUGGCAUAAUGACCACGAAUUCGUCAGAUUGCUUCAAUAAUGUCCUUAAGGGUUGUCAAUGUUUGCGUGUCUAUGCCAUUGUGAAGUUCACCCAUGAUAAAUUGGUCAAACUUUUUGCUGAGUGGCGAACAAAUGGAUAUGUAUGGCAGCAAUCCAGUUACAAAUUUCUAUGAAUGUAUGUAAACAUAUUAGGAAAAAUGAAGAAAAUAGGCUUUACUAUCGUGUUGUGCAGCACUCCGCACAAUAAGGGAUAUACUCUGUGGUGGUGGAUGGGUCGUCCAACAUUGCUCAGCGGGAGACAUUUACGGUGAACUUAAAUGCACGAACAUGUAGCUGUGGUCAAUGGGUAACAUUUUACAUCCCGUGCAGUCAUGUUCACGCAGUAUGUCAUUACUGAGAGUGUCAGCAUGGAUCAUUUGAUUCUGAAUGUUUUUUUUCAAUUCAGUCUUAUAUCAACGCUUACUCUGGCAUCA